GGGAAUAGGUAGAGGGCAGGGGGUUGCUUCCAUAUAUACAGCCCAGGCUUCUUUUCUAGAGGAUUCUGGACAUUGCUUCUCUGUUGCUUGCACUUCACAAGAGAUAACAACUCAACAAUGUUGAAAAUGAUCUCAGUCCUUUCAGCUUUAGCGCUAAUUCUGAUUAUACAAGAGGCAUCUGUUGCCCCAGUUACCCAGCAGCCAAUCAUAGAACCAAGCAAGCUGCCAAGUGGCCUGUCGAGCAAAGAACCUAAUGAGGAACAAAGCGGAGAAGAAACAAAUACUGAAUCAAGCUUACAGUCAAGUGAGGAGCCCAGUGUUUGGCCCCCUGAAGACCCAGGAGUGGAAUUAAGCAGAGAAGGAGAAACAACUGCUGAACCAAGGUUUGACUCAAGUCCAGAACCCACUGUGGAGCCCAGUGACAAAUUCAGUGGAGAAGCAAAUACUGAGCCCAAUGAGAAACCUAGUAUUCAACCAUCUGAAGGACCAAUAUGGGAAGCUAGUGGGGAAUUCAGUGGAGAAGCAAGUACUGAACCAAGUCUAGAGCCCAGUGAGAAGCCCAGUGUUCAACCAUCUCAAGAACCAAUAUGGGAAGCUAGUGGGGAAUUCAGCGGAGAAGCAAGUACCGAACCAAGUCUAGAGCCCAGUGUUCAGCCAUCUCAAGAGCCGAUAUGGGAAGCUAGUGGGGAAUUCAGUGGAGAAGCAAGUACCGAACCAAGUCUAGAGCCCAGUGAGGAGCCCAGUGUUCAACCAUCUCAAGAGCCGAUAUGGGAAGCUAGUGGGGAAUUCAGUGGAGAAGCAAGUACUGAACCAAAUCUAGAGCCCAGUGAGGAGCCCAGUGUUCAACCAUCUCAAGAGCCAAUAUGGGAAGCUAGUGGGGAAUUCAGUGGAGAAGCAAGUACCGAACUAAGUCUAGAGCCCAGUGUUCAGCCAUCUCAAGAGCCAAUAUGGGAAGCUAGUGGGGAAUUCAGUGGAGAAGCAAGUACUGAACCAAGUCUAGAGCCCAGUGAGGAGCCCAGUGUUCAGCCAUCUCAAGAGCCAAUAUGGGAAGCUAGUGGGGAAUUCAGUGGAGAAGCAAGUACUGAACCAAGUCUAGAGCCCAGUGAGGAGCCCAGUGUUCAGCCAUCUCAAGAGCCAAUAUGGGAAGCUAGUGGAGAAUUCAGCGGAGAAACAAGUACCAAACCCAGUCUAGAGACCAGUGUUCAGCCAGCUGAAGAAGAAUCACAUGGAGGGUUCAGUGGAAAAGGAGAACCAACUCUGGAACCAAGCCCUGAGCCAACUGAAGAACAAACUUCACAGACAACCAAGGAGACAAAUAAGGAAGUAAGUGAAGAAAACCCACAGUCUGGUGAAGAGCCCUGCUCAGAAUCUGGUGACUUUACAAGUAUACUGCCGAGUGGAGAAACACAUGAAGAUGUAAGUGAAGAGACAAGCGUACAGCCAAGACCGAGUGAAACUCAAACAGAGACUCCUGAAUAA